CUGGCAGCAGACUGCGCUCACACCAGUUGGCUGGUUAUUAGUGGGAGGCCGUUUAGUUGGAAGUGAAAGAGGGACAGUGGAGAGACAGGUUCUGUGAGCGCUCCAAAGGUUUUUCCUUUACCUUUUUGACUCGUGCUUUUAUCUGAAUUGGGACAAAACCAGUUCCAAGCUCUGCUCACUGGUGUGAACUUGAAGCAUUCAGGUGGAGGUCAAAGGUUGUGUGUCAUGACCCCACGGGAGCAGCUGAGGAAGAUGACAGCGCUGGGAGAGCAGGGGGCUUUGGAUGAGAAGCACUGGUACCGUCUGGUCAAUGGCAUGUCAGCUGGAGAGCUGAGGCAGAGGCAAGAGUUGAUAAUGAGGAACCAGAUGGCCAUGGCACCGCAGAUCCUCGCCCAGGGGCAGCAGAGGUUGCAGGGGGUCCCAGCACAGUUCGAACCUCGCUUCAUGGAGAGGGAGCUGGUUCCUCCCACGGAGUUGGUACCGUCCGAUGCCAGACAGAUGCACAUGGGACCUCACCUGGGUCCGCCUCUACCUCCGCAUGCCAACGUCCUGCCUGGAAGAGCUUUCCACGGAGCAGCUGGCUAUGGUUUCUUGCCCUCAGAGCCCAUGGAAACAGUUGCCCGGCGACAGGAGCUCAUUCACAAGCAAAAUAUAGCCAGAAUGGAGAUGAAUGCCAUCCUGCAUCAGAAGGAGCUGGAGAACGCCCACCAGAAGGGACUCAUGGGAAUUGAUAAUCCCAUGUCUUACCCUUCCAACCCGAUGGCUUUCAGAGGCCGCCAGCGCAUGCCAGACGGCCACGAUGUCUUCGUCCAUCGUCCCACCCUGGACGAACUGCACUCCAACAGCAUACUCAUGUCAGCCAGCCCUUACCCACCAAUCAGCACGCUGCACAGAGAGAGGGGGCGCAGGGCCGGAAGGAGGCCCACCGCUCACAAGAGCGCUGAGAGCCAUGUGGCAAACCUGAAGGGCCAGACUGAAGAUAAAAGCGUAGAGCAGAGCCCGGGAGCCACAUCGGGGGAGGAGAAAGAGGUGGAAGUAAAGGGGGACAUGGGUGAGGAGUGUGCCACCAGCAAGACGAUUCACCAAGCAAAGAUAGACUCUGAGCUCGCCACCGGAAGCAGGAAGAACUACAAAGAGGCGGAGCCAGGCCUGCGUAAAGCCUGCGUGAACAGUCAAGAUGGGUGCUCAGAUGUGGCCAACAGCAGCACCAAUGAUAAAGACAUAUCCAGCCAAUGUUCAGCUUUCCAGGAGAAAUUCAUGUAUCCCUCCGCUGGUGGAGCGCUAACAGGCAUGCCUUACAUGUUCCCUGUCCCUGGAAAUGGCUUCCUUCCACCUGGUCCACCCAGUCUCUUCCUAAAUGGUGAUGAAGUGUCUGAGGACAUCAGGAAGUGGACAGUGAAUGAUGUUUACAACUUCAUUAACAGCAUACCCACAUGUUCAGAAUAUGCUCAGAUGUUCAAGGACCACAUGAUCGAUGGGGAGACACUGCCUCUCCUGUCAGAGGAGCAUCUACUGGACACACUGGGGCUCAAGCUUGGACCAGCUCUGAAGAUCCGUUCACAGGUGUCCAGGCGUCUUGGCAACAUGUUGUACAUGAUGAACCUUCCGCUCUCCACCGCCACCCUGCAGGCCACCCCCGAGAAGGCAGGGGACCGCUCACCAGAGAUCUGCUCCCCUGUUAACUGCAACAGUGAGGAGAUGAUGGCGAGUCCAAGAGACCCCGAUGUCCUCAAAUCUACAGAGCACCUUCACGAGACAGAAAACAACUCCCCUCCAUCUGCCAGCAGUGAGACGGCCUGAUCAGUUCUGAUAAUGUGGACAGAUGCACACCUAACAAGGCCCAGUCUGCACCUACACUACAGCAUGGCACUACCUGAACUCCUGCAGCCACCAGUGGAUUUGUUUACAUAAUGAUUAACUGGACUGAAGAUGCUUUUUUACUACCAUUUGCUACCUGGGCUUUUAAUGCACGGGCCCACACUAGGCCCAGCUGUCUGCUAAAUAUUUGUGUUGUACAUAUAUAUUUACAUAUAUUUUUGACAACUGUGGAGUGAAAUUGAUGUGGAUUUUGACAAUAAGAAGGUUGAAUUUAAGUAUUCUUUUCUUAUUUUUCAUUACAGGCCUUAGUGUCUAAAUGUCUGAUUGUACCUUUAAACGUACUUAUUUUUUUUAAGAUGCUAAAUGUCAUUGUCUCCAGUAGGUAAGCAUAAGGACCAUAGAAAUAAU